CUUUCUUCAAAAACACUUUUGGGGAUGACGAACCGAUAACCGUUGGCGUACUUGGUGUGCAAACAGCAAUUUCGGGAAAUCGACGGACUGUGCGUCUUCGGAUCGAAUCUAUAACUUUUAUCUCGGGCCGCUGAGAGGAAACCGAUGCGAUGAUCCGCUGAUCGCGCGUCGAGGACGGACAUCACGCCCUCUUGUGCGGAGAAGAUGGAGAGUGAGAUGAAGAGGAGGAAAUACUCCACCAGCAGCAACGACUCUGACACCACCGACAGUCAUGUGACCACCUGGUCAAGGUCUUCAAAGAACACAGGGACCAGCAGCACAUGGGUACGCCAUGAGCAGAAGAAACCGUCCGAGGUGUUUCGGACCGAUUUUAUUACAGCCAUGAAGUUGCCUGAUUCAGCACAACUGAGCCCAGAGGAGUUCUACUUCCUCUCCGACCCCUGGAGGCAGGAAUGGGAGAAGGGUGUUCAGGUGCCAGCCAAUGUGGAGCCGAUUCCCGAGCCUGUAGUUCGGAUGCUUCCAGAGGUCAGUCGAAUCCCAUUCUUUUCACCGAUCCAAACCAGGGGCCAGUCUGAGUUUGGCUUCGGAGAGUCACAUGUUCUCAGUGAGCCGCUGAGUUGUUAUGAUCUGGAUGAUCUGGAUGUGACCUGGCUUGAACUGGUUAAUACUGAAUUCAGAGAACUAGCACUUCCAGAGCUGGACGAGCUGACCAUGGAGCAGGUCGUGGUGGAGCUGGAGAACCGGUGUCAGCAGAACAUGCAGCAGGCCAUCGAGACCGAGGAGGGUCUGGGCAUCGAAUACGACGAGGACGUGGUUUGUGAUGUGUGCCGCUCACCUGAGGGCGAGGAUGGCAAUGAGAUGGUCUUCUGUGACAAGUGCAACGUUUGUGUGCAUCAGGCGUGUUACGGGAUCUUGAAGGUGCCGCAGGGUAACUGGUUGUGCCGAACCUGUGCCCUCGGAGUGCAGCCCAAAUGUCUUCUCUGUCCCAGGAGAGGAGGAGCUCUGAAACCCACACGCAGUGGAACCAAGUGGGUCCACGUCAGCUGUGCCUUAUGGAUCCCCGAGGUGAGCAUUGGCUGCCCUGAGAAGAUGGAGCCUAUUACAAAAGUGUCCCACAUCCCGGCCAGCCGCUGGGCCUUGUCCUGUGGUCUGUGUCGUGAACACACAGGCACAUGUAUACAGUGCUCCAUGCCGUCCUGCAUCGUGGCCUUCCACGUGACCUGUGCGUUCGACCACGGACUCGAGAUGCGCACCACUCUGGCAGAGAACGACGAAGUGCGCUUCAAAUCAUACUGUCUUGAGCACAGCGGCGUCUCGCGCUCGAGCAGCGGCGGGAAUGUGGACCGGCCUUCCGAUCUGGCCGUGACGCUUUCGGACCGUUCGAAGCAGGAACAAGCAGAACGGGAGAAAGCCAGCCAUCGCAAGCAGAAGCUGCAAGAGCUUGAAGAUGAGUUUUACAGUUUAGUGGACCCCAAGGAUGUUGCAGAAAGCCUUUCCCUUCCAGAUGUUCACGUGGACUUCCUCUUCCAGUACUGGAAGCUGCGACGAAAGGCCAACUUCAACCAGCCGCUGGUGGCCCGUAAGAGGGACGAGGUGGACAAUCUCGCCCAGCAGGAGCAGGAUGUUUUAUAUCGCCGUCUGAAGCUCUUCACUCAUUUGCGUCAGGAUCUGGAGAGGGUCAGAAACCUGUGCUACAUGGUCACACGCAGAGAGAAGAUCAAACACUCUUUAUGUAACCUGCAGGAGAAGAUCUUUGCCUUGCAGAUUCAGCUCAUAGAGAAGGACCUAGCUGGAGAAAAAACUCGGAGAGGGGAGAAGAUUCAUCGCAAUGGAGUCCGGGAACGAGUGAAAGAAAGAAGAAAGAGUAGUCCAGACAAGAAAGACAAAUGGAGAUCAGAUGACAGCUCUGUAUUCACACAGCUGGGUUUCUCCAAAUCCUUCCCGCUGGACGGCUCGCUUUUUGACAGCUGGCUGGCUCAAUCGGUUCACAUCACGGCAGAUAACAUGCUGAGCCAGUGGUCUCUAUCCGAAGAGAGCCGCGACCCCUCCGCCAGCCUCCUGUCAGACCAGCUCCUGCAGGGCGAGGAGAACCUGCUCAGCCUCAUGAUGGACCACUCCAUCAAGUCCUCCUGGAAAACACCCCAGCAGGGCCGCAAGCCCAGGGCUGGGCCACGCUCCCGCAGGAAGUCCGUCUCGCUUCCAAGAAUCGGAUCCGCAGUCAAAGGCAAGGUUUGUCCUGAGGACCAACUUCCCAAACGAGGAGAAAGAGUACGCCAUGUACACCCUCAUCACACCCGCAGCAGCGAAGGCAGGCCGGACCCUCUGCAGCCAGCCAUAUCCAAAAUGGACUCGUGCCACAUUUCCGAGGAGCAUGGCUCUUGGGACGCUGGUGCGGACGAUGGGGAUACGGAGAGCGACAAGCGCUCGCAGGUGGCCUUGCGUCUGCGUCUGCCUAGACAGGGCAAGUCACGCUCCAAGAGCAACACGACGCAGGUCUUGCUGCACAACAGCACUGGGAACAACAUCUCCGCGCACGACACUGAAACAGACGGCUAUUUCUCUGACGCGGAACAGAGUGACAGUGAACUGCCCUCUUUCAGCCGGAAGCUGCGCUUGCCCCAACUGCAUGCUGGGAAGGAGGAGGUAGUGCGGAGAAGCGUGCUGGCCUCCUAAAACCAUAUUUGGAUGCAGCGGUGUUGCUGUCGGAGACACAGUCUCUCUCCCGUUUCUAGACUUUCGGAUGUAAAGGCGUGUGUUCUUUUCUCGCUUUACGUGUCAGAGUAUGUUAGUCCGUCGCCUACAUUUAUGCAACCAUAACCAUUUGUGCUUGACAAAAACAAGAAGAAUCGAAAAAGUCUAAAUGAACACUGUCAAGUGUGUCCUCUUGGGAAGCAAUAGGCUCUGUCCUGGAACAGGGACGAUGACGUGGGCAUUAUGACGUCUGUUCAGGGUGUGUUUGUUUUAUAUAAAUACGUCUGUCAUGUGUCUCCAGAGGAUGCGGCUACUAUAAAAUGAUGUACAGAGAAAAUAUGACACAAAUAAGCACAAAUAGCCGUUGGGGAAUGUAGCACACAUCUAUGUCGUAUCCACCGCCUCAUUCGCUUUUACAGAGACUAGAUGUACCAGAAUCACACGGACACUUGAGCGUAAUUCUUACGUGACAGAUCAGCUUCCAUCAUGGGUGAAUCUCACGAACAUGAAGCCUGUUUUAAGAGCCGUGUGACGAUUGAGCACAUUUUUGAUGUUUGUUCAAUCCAUCUCGAGUGGUCUGAAGUUGUAACGUUGAUUUCCUCUAUCUAUUGGUAUCGCAAGACAUUAGUUUUGUAGUUUUUAUCUUACUUCGUGUCAUCACUGUGGUCUUCUUUGUGUCAUGGCGCACACAUAAUUUGGGGUUGUUUAUGGAAACCUCAGUAUCUUGAAAAAUCGUAAGAAAUUUUUUCUCUUUACAUUCAGAGCAGCAUGUAGAGUCAAACGUUCCCAGUUUCCCAUGUCGGCAAUUUUGGGCAUCUAUCAUUUCCAAUUUGGACAAAAAAUGCUAUAUUUACGAAUGCAUUGGUGUAUUGUUACAAAACAUGGUAUGUGUCUUCAGCACAGUUUCCUAGACAUACUCAAACGUUUUGUAGCAGUACCACCUUGUGGUCAAACAUUAUAAUGGAAUUUUAAAAAUUUGUAUAGCUUUUGAUUAAUUUAGCCCUAUGUCUUGAGACUCCUCUUGAUAGAUUUCUUGGAUCAUGCAUUGGCCGAACUUCCUGUCCGCUAUUUAGAUUUUUUUGUUCACUUAGACCAUUGGUCUGAUUUUCACCAAAUUUGGCUCAUAUCAUCUUCAGACCAUACUGGAAAAAAUUCAUGAAUUUCGUGUCGAUAGAUAAAACGGUUUUCGUUUAACGUACCAAUUAAUUUAAUGCCAAACUGUAUCUGAGGCUGUAUCUCUGUAAAGCUUUGAUAAACUGACAACUGACCACACCACAUCAAUUUGGUAACAGCGCCACCUAUCGGUCAAAAUUGAUAAACCAUUAAAUCAUAUUAAUAAUGACUGAAUUCAUGAUUUUCAGCCAGUUUAUAUUAAAUCACCUUAAAAUGUCUUCAAUUACUCAGUGUUACUUUCGGUUUGAUCCUCCCUGCCAUGCUUGCGCCUCAUUCUGCCUCCAUUGUGCUUAGCCAUUAAUUGCUGUUUGCAUUUGGAUUUCAAUUCUGAGUCUAAGGAAAGUUCAUGUAUCUUGAAAUAUGCAUUUGAUAUCAGUUUUUAAUUCCAUCUUGAGCCAAGAAACUGAGCUUUCCAUAAAUGUCUGUAUGACCCGAAAUUUGUUGUGCACCAUGACACAAAGUCGACCACCAUGGUUAAACGAAGUAAAAUAAAAAUUGGUGGUUUUGCGAUACCAACAGAUCGAGAUAAUCACUUUAAAAAAGUUAAAAAUAGUCAUGCAACUCAAUUGGACCACUUCUGAUAGUUCCAGUUACAACUAAUUAAAAUGUCUAGAAUUUUUUGGAGGGAUCUUUUGUGAGAUUCACUUUCGUAUCUGGCACUUUCUUUCCCACUUCAGUACAUUUGUUCAGAAAGAACCAUUGUUGUUCUCCAUUAAAGUGUGCCUUCUGUAGCCCCCUAAAUCAAACGAAUAAUCAACAUGUUUAACUAUUUUAAUACAAUGAUGGCAAUCAGAAACUGACACCUGCUUGGUCCAAAAGCUUGUAUGUAGAUGUCAAAGUCAUAGAGAUUCUAGGUGCCUAGAAAACCGCGUCGAUCCAUCAAUACUGCUUUAGCAAAGUGCUGUUCCAACACCGACGUCCGUCAGUCUAAUUGGAUCGACACUUACGAAGUGUCCUCAGGCUUUGCUAAUGUUUUCCCUCUGAUUGUGACGUCUAAUGAAUCAACCCAUGGUGUUUAUCUCAGGGUUAUAGCGAAGAAGUGAUUGCAAUCAUCUGAAAAGCUUAAACCUGUACAUUCACAAACAACAAGGUUUCUUUGCCAAAACGUCACGUUUUGAGAUGAUCUUCUCACAGUGUAAUGAUGAAACACUGAGUUUGUUUUAUUAUGUAUGAUGAUGCCAAAGAAAAGCAAGUCAGCAUAUGCUCUGAAGUGGAUGUAAACUUUGUGUCUGGAUCUUCUGAAGAUCUCAGCGUGCACUGAUAUCCACCCGUACACUCCUGGAUCGCAUCAUCAAUCGAGCAUCGUCCUCAUCAGCAAUCACAGACGCGAGCUGUCCAGAAAGGUUUAGUUCGAGACAAAAGCUACUGAUGUGUAGCGUACGUAAUGCGUGUCAGUGAUCGAAGGGUUAGUUCACCCAAAACAAGGACAGUUCUGUAUUCAGUCUUGUCGUUCCAAACCGGUUUGCUGUUCUUUUCCAUACAAUGAAAGCAAAUGGGUCCAAAAAGGACAAAAAAAUUAGUCCAUGCGCUACAUUCCGAGUCUUCUGGUCUCUGCCCAAAUUUUAAGUGUUUAAUUUACCGAAAAAUCCUUCCCCAGUCACCGUAGAUCUCCAACGUUGUGGCAAAUUUGCGACUAGCAUCAUAACCAAAGGAUUUUUCACCAGAAGACUAGAAUCCCGUCAUUUCGUGUUCCACAGAAGAGUAAUUUUGGAUUUGGAACAACGCCGCGGUGGAUGAAUUGUUUCAGUCCUUCGCUGGCUCAAAUCGCGACAGCCGUCUACUGUAUCCGUACAGACCACAGACAGCGACCUGUACAGAUUUCAUGUAUCUUAGCUGCUUUAAUAGGGACUAAUCAUAGCGCUGGUCAUUUGCCGUUCUCUGGUUCAGUAUGCACCCAACGCAGACAUGGAGUACUGUGCCUUUAGUGACUUAGUUUCAGCCUCCUGCAAGAGUUCAAGCUGCUUUAUCAUGCUUCGUUGCCGUUCGUGUACCAAAACUAUAACAUAUACUCUACGUAAUCUCUGUAAAUGUUCAGCUUCUGUGCGACCGUUUUCCUCCCACAACGUAAUGACUGAGUAGAUCUUGACACUCGUAUGUUGUUAGUGAGCCUUCCGCUUUAAUGACAGAAGGUAACUAGUCUUUGCACUCGAUUAUUCUUUUGUCUCUACAAAUAGCUGGAAAUCAUCAAGACCACCAAGGGGUGUGCGAUAUUGAUGAAAAACAUUUUUUUUUUUUUGUUUAUAAUAAGACGAGGUGUAGGGUGUUUUUGUGCUGGUACGUUGGCUGGUUUAGGCCCAUCAUGGCUCACAUAAGAUACAUAACUUUUACAUAAAUUUUCCACCUCGAGGCAUUUAUGAUGAUUUACACAGAGUUCAGUGCAGCUCAGAGGUGGCCUGAAUGCAGUUACAAAUGCCUAAAACUGUGUCCUAACCAGACGAGCCGUGCCAAGGUUUUCAGUCCAGCUACGACGUACCAGAAAAUAGAAACCGUUUCUAAAAUAGAAUCCGCUGUUCGGACAAAAACUCAGAUUAACAUGGAAAAGAUACCUUUUAUCAUGUCACAGCAUCGUGUUGCAUCUGAUCAAGACACAAUAAUAAUAAAACAAUACUUAAAAGUAUUAAAACAAAAACCACCAGUAGGUGGCAGAGUCAUUCCCUCAAGCUAUUCGCUCAAAAACAUGCAUUCAUUCAGUAAGGAAGAGCUCAAAACGGUUUUGUCAUGGAUUUGUUUGAAACUAUUUUCCUUACAUAAAAUUGAGAAAAAACUGACAGUACUGUUGUCUUUUUAGCUCAUUUAAAUGACAAUUACUGUGUAAAAUCAAUCGAUAUCACAUUUACAAGUGUGUUUAUAUUUUUAAAAACAGCACUUGUGCUCGUGUGAUAUUGCCAAAUUACCAUAUAAGACAAAAGCUCAUAAAUAUCAUUUUAUUUUACAUUAAAUCUUGUAUUUCAGGUUAUUCUGACCGCAUUCUUCUAGGCUGCAUCAUCUGGUUUGUGCCAAGUGAGUGACAUACUUAACAUCAGCUCACGUAUCCUUAAAACAAUUCGUAAAUUAUCCUAGAAGACACCUAUCGCACACCCCUAAGAUCCAGCUGUUCUCUAGGAUGGAACUGAUUAUUGAAGAAAAGUCAUAAUUCAUCCACAGAAAUAAAGUGAAGUGCCCUUUUUUUGUUUGUUUCUUUGCAUUUGUAAAGAUGUCUGGACAUCUUAUUAUUAUUAAAAUCAGCAUGAAUAAGAUUCAUUACAAACAGCACUUCUGCUUUUAAGCUUUUAAGGGUUUCUUUAAUGGAUUUUGGUGACGUUUGACCCCCAUGAGCUUCACCUGAGUAUCUUUCAGUGUUGUCGUUCACUUCCAGAGGAUCUGUUUACUGACGCGUCUCAGAAACCAGUCGUGAAAUAUCUCUCGCUUGUUCAGCUGCGGCUUUUGCGGUCAUAUCCAACUCUCUCCUGUCUUGUUUACUAUGCAGCAAAUUUUUCCCACAUGCCCCUGUGACCGAGCAGUUCUUUCUGUCGUUCUCUCUUGAAAGAGUAAACGAGGUGCAGGAGAAGUCCAUUAAGAAUCACACGUGUCCUGUAAAUCUGUCAACAUCUUCCGCUCGACACGGUUAGGAUACGAUGAUAUGAAUGUUGCAGGAGUUUAUCCUUCUAUGUUCUUUGUUUCAAAGAAUGUUGUGCCAUUUGUUAAUAGCAGAGAAAACUAUUGAACAUAUAAUUAGAAAAAGAAGAAGAGCUAUUUUAAAUUAUUUUAGGCUUCUUUUGUUUUUUUGCGAUAUUUAUUUUCUUGUAUUGGAAAUCUUUAUAGAAGGAAAAAAGACAAGUAUUUUUCAUCAGUGCAAAAACCUAUUUUUUCCUUUUUGUACAUUUUCCAUGUUAAGCAGUCUUUAGAGCAAUAUAAUGUUCAUGUGACUGUAUGUGCAUGCUGUAUGUGAUGCCUUAAUAACAGCUCCAGUCCCAUCAUCGCCAGCGCUCGGCUGUGGUCGACCAGUGCAGUCAAUAAAGCUGUGCUUUCUGUCUUA